UACGACGGCGAGUACACGGCGGGCAAACCCGAGGGGCGCGGCGUCGUGCGGUUCGACGACGGCGACGUCUACGAGGGCGAGUGGAAGGCGGGUAAGAUGGAGGGGCGCGGCAUCUUCCGGUUCGCCAACGGCAACGUCUACGACGGCGAGUACAAGGCGGGUGAGAUGGAGGGGCGCGGCGUCGAGCGGUACGCCAACGGCGCCGUGGCCUCGCGCUUCUACAAGCAGGGUGCGCGCGUCGGCGAGGGC